AUGCAGCUGCGGCGGCGUUUCUACAUCACGCCACAGUCUCCACAUCACGCCACAGUCUCCACAUCACGCCACAGUCUCCACAUCACGCCACAGUCUCCACAUCACGCCACAGUCUCCACAUCACGCCACAGUCUCCACAUCACGCCACAGUCCCCACAUCACGCCACAGUCUCCACAUCACGCCACAGUCUCUACAUCACGCCACAGUCCCCACAUCACGCCACAGUCUCCACAUCACGCCACAGUCUCUACAUCACGCCACAGUCUCCACAUCACGCCACAGUCUCCACAUCACGCCACAGUCUCCACAUCACGCCACAAUCUCCACAUCACGCCACAGUCUCCACAUCACGCCACAGUCUCCACAUCACGCCACAGUCCCCACAUCACGCCACAGUCUCCACAUCACGCCACAGUCUCUACAUCACGCCACAGUCCCCACAUCACGCCACAGUCCCCACAUCACGCCACAGUCCCCACAUCACGCCACAGUCUCCACAUCACGCCACAGUCCCCACAUCACGCCACAGUCUCCACAUCACGCCACAGUCUCCACAUCACGCCACAGUCUCCACAUCACGCCACAGUCUCCACAUCACGCCACAGUCUCCACAUCACGCCACAGUCCCCACAUCACGCCACAGUCCCCACAUCACGCCACAGUCUCUACAUCACGCCACAGUCUCUACAUCACGCCACAGUCUCUACAUCACGCCACAGUCCCCACAUCACGCCACAGUCCCCACAUCACGCCACAGUCUCUACAUCACGCCACAGUCUCUACAUCACGCCACAGUCCCCACAUCACGCCACAGUCCCCACAUCACGCCACAGUCUCCACAUCACGCCACAGUCUCUACAUCACGCCACAGUCCCCACAUCACGCCACAGUCUCCACAUCACGCCACAGUCCCCACAUCACGCCACAGUCUCCACAUCACGCCACAGUCCCCACAUCACGCCACAGUCUCCACAUCACGCCACAGUCUCCACAUCACGCCACAUCACGCCACAGUCCCCACAUCACGCCACAGUCUCUACAUCACGCCACAGUCUCCACAUCACGCCACAGUCCCCACAUCACGCCACAGUCUCUACAUCACGCCACAGUCUCCACAUCACGCCACAGUCUCUACAUCACGCCACAGUCCCCACAUCACGCCACAGUCUCCACAUCACGCCACAGUCCCCACAUCACGCCACAGUCCCCACAUCACGCCACAGUCCCCACAUCACGCCACUGUCUCUACAUCACGCCACAGUCUCCACAUCACGCCACAGUCUCCACAUCACGCCACAGUCUCUACAUCACGCCACAGUCUCCACAUCACGCCACAGUCUCCACAUCACGCCACAGUCUCCACAUCACGCCACAGUCUCCACAUCACGCUACAGUCUCCACAUCACGCCACAGUCUCCACAUCACGCCGCUGUCUUCGGAGACUUGAUUUGAUGACAUUGUUCUCAGUCGAUAAAACUGCUUCCAAAUUGUUGCAUCCACCCUCCCUCUCCGCCCGCUCCUGCCUCCUCCAUCAUGUCCUCAGAUUUAUUCAUUACGCGCCGUGA